AAGAUCACAUAAUCUCAUAAUGUAUCAAAGAAAAAACACCAAAAAUGACAACUAUUCCAGUGACGAAGAUAAGCUCUUCGGAAUGUUCUCGGCCGGUGCCAGUGAUCGCAAUGGGCACAGCUACAGAAUCAAGCAUUGCUGGCAUUGAAGUGGUGAAACCAUCGAUUCUAAUAGAAGCCGUUAAGUUGGGUUAUCGUCACUUUGACACAGCAGCAAUAUACCAAACUGAGAAACCUGUUGGGGAAGCCGUUGCAGAAGCUCUGAGAUUGGGUCUCAUAAAGUCUCGAUCAGAGGUUUUUAUAACCACCAAGCUGUGGUGUAACUCUGCUGACCGCCAUCUUGUUUUACCAGCCCUCAAGCAGAGUCUCAAGAAUCUGGGACUAGAGUAUGUUGAUUUGUAUCUUAUACAUUGGCCAUUUAAAGCGAAUCAAGAGAAAUCCGAACUCCCUAUCCCAAACGAGUGCAUAGCCGCUAUCGAUAUAAAAGCAGUCUGGGAAGGCAUGGAGGAGUGCCAAAACCUUGGACUCACCAAAUCUAUUGGUGUCAGCAAUUUCUCUGCUAAGAGGAUCGAACAAAUUCUUUCCUUUGCCAAAAUCCCUCCGGCUGUUAAUCAGGUUGAGAUGAACCCACUUUGGCAACAGAAAAAACUCAACAGAUUUUGCAAAGAGAAUGGCAUCGUUGUAACUGCUUACUCCCCGUUAGGUGCCACUGGCAACAAUGCAUGGGGACACAACCGUGUCAUGGAAUGUGAUAUUCUUCAAGGUAUUGCUGAGUCCAAAGGAAAGACAGUGGCUCAGAUUUCUCUAAGAUGGUUAUAUGAGCAAGGUGUAAUUAUUGCAGUAAAGAGCUUCAACACAGAAAGGAUGAAGCAAAAUCUUGACAUCUUUGACUGGUCAUUGACUGAGGAGGAAUUGAACAAAAUUGACCAAAUUCCUCAGCGGAGGCAUCUUUAUCUAUUUGGAUUUAUAAAUACAGAGCAUAAUGAUUUGUUGGCUGAAAUUGAUGCAGAACUUGGCUAGAGAAAUAAUAUGAUCAAAUAAAGAGAAUGAUAUAUUACAUUGCAUGUAAACUAAACUAUAGUAUAAUUAUGAUCUAUUUAUCAAGAUUAGCUUAAAUGAUUUAUGUGUGUAAGAUCAUGGCCAAUGCAUUAAGCUUACGUGGAUUUAGCAUUUGAGAGGGAAUGAAUUGGAGAGUUUUCAUUAGAGUGGAAUGUUUUUGGGAAGAAUGAUGCAUUUUGUGCGAUAGUUGAACCUUAUGGUUGUUUUGUAUU